CUAACUUCCAAACAUGUUGAACUGAAGCAGACUUAUAGGAGGAGGGCAGCUGGAUUUUCUUCAUGAACCAGGAUUCUUCCGCAACAGCUUGAUUGGAGCCGCGCGCGUAUAAAAUCUUCAAGCUUCUUGUGAGGAGGGGGGGUUGGUUGCCGCGAAGGAGGAUUGUACCAAAAAGUGCGACUCGAGGAGCAGCUUAUUCAUGCAAAUUCAUGAAAUCAUAGGCGUGCCUUCGGACGAUGGAGUCACGGCCGCAAAAAAAAAACCCUCUUGGAUGAUCAGUGAGCUUCAGAGACUGUGAUGCGCUGAGCUCGGACGCACUGACAGCGGCACAGGGGCGACUAUAUGAAGAGCUCAGAGACGCACAGGAGAAAGUUAGGGCUCGUCUGUCUUCCUCCACGCUCCUGCAGACUGGCUGCACUUCGUCCUGCUCUCACCGAACCAACAGCACCAGUGACUGCUGCGCCACUGGAUCUCCAACCGCAGGCGCAUUGUACCAACCGUUACGCGCGGCCACAACAGUCACUAUCUGCCCUGUCUCUUUAAUUAUUUUUUGUUUCUUAUUUUAUUUAUAUAUAUAUUUUUUAUUUUUAUUUUAUGUGUCACUUUCGUUUCAAUUCCCGAGCACACUGAUGCGGAUGAAGUUACGGCCGAGCAACACCGGAGUCUGCGCGUGAAGACGCCACCGUCGAUUCGUUCCCGUUUUGAGGAAAAGGUUUUAUUCUCAUUUUUAUUUGGACUUUUCUCGCACCGCCAUGUCCGAGGACGACAGUAGCUCCACCGCCAGCUGCAUGUCCGACACCGAAGGGAGCAGCGUCAGUGUCCUCAGCUGGGAGCAAGUGCGGCGGCUGGACUCCAUCCUGACGGAGACCAUCCCGAUCCACGGCCGCGGGAACUUCCCGACUCUGGCGAUGCAGCCUGGGCAGAUCGUGAAAGUGGUGCGCAGGCGGAUGGAGGAGAAGCACAUCCACGUCCGGGACGUGCGGUUAAACGGCUCCGCGGCCAGUCACGUCCUGCACGAGGACAGCGGACUGGGCUACAAGGACCUCGACCUCAUAUUCUGCGCAGAUAUGAAAGGAGAAAGCGACUUCCAGACUGUGAAGGACAUAGUGUUGGACUGUCUCCUGGACUUUUUGCCAGAUUGUGUGAAUAAAGAGAAAAUAUCGCCGUUAACGUUAAAGGAAGCCUAUGUGCAGAAGAUGGUGAAGGUGUGUAACGACUCAGACCGUUGGAGUCUCAUCUCGCUCUCCAACAACCGGGGGAAGAAUGUGGAGCUGAAGUUUGUGGACUCUCUCCGGCGGCAGUUUGAGUUCAGUGUGGACUCAUUUCAGAUCAAGCUGGACUCUCUGCUGCUGUUCUACGAGUGCUCAGAAAACCCCAUGGCUGAGACCUUCCACCCCACCAUCAUGGGAGAGAGCGUAUAUGGGGACUUCGUCGAGGCCCUGGACCACCUACGUCACAAGGUCAUCUGCACCCGCAACCCGGAGGAGAUCCGAGGCGGGGGUCUGCUGAAGUACUGUCACCUGCUGGUGAGGGACUUUACAGCUGCCUCAGAGUCAGAGAUGAAAUGCCUGCAGCGCUACAUGUGCUCACGGUUCUUCAUUGACUUCCCCGACAUUGGUGAACAGCAGCGAAAGCUGGAGUCAUACCUUCAAAACCACUUUGUGGGCCUGGAGGACCGCAAGUACGACUACCUAAUGACCCUGCACGGAGUGGUCAACGAGAGCACGGUGUGUCUGAUGGGACACGAGAGGCGGCAGACUUUAGGGCUGAUAGCCAUGCUGGCGGUGCGAGUGCUUGCUGAGCAGAACGUCAUUCCCAACGUGGCUAAUGUCACAUGUUACUAUCAACCUGCUCCUUAUGUGGCAGAUGGCAACUUCAGUAACUACUACAUAGCACAGGUUCAGCCAGUGUUUGCUUGCCAGCAUCCUGCGUACUCCACCUGGCUUCCCUGUAACUGAGACCGCCCCGAGGGGAAGGAGGAUGGAGAGAGUGUGAUUUGUUUAAACGGCAUCAAGCGGCAGAGUCGCCGCCUCAAACCUGACCAGUGUUUGACAGCCGACAGAAAAAGGAUUCUUCUUUUUACUGUCAAAGCUCCAAGCUUGUGUCUUUGUUUAUAAGCUGAGGAUGAAUGCUGGAUCAAAUCCAGUUGGCUUUCAAUUCCAAAACUAUUCCGAUGAGAACAUCUCCUCAACGUCUCCUGAUCCUGCACAGGCCAACUAUAGGUUUGGGGAAAGCUUAAUUUGGGUAGAGCUUGGAGGUAAAGACCGAAUGCAAAUAUGUGACAGUCUCUUAAACGCGAGUCAUCAAGACUGAUCGAAUCUGUCAAGAAUGGAUUAAACAGCACAUUCCAGCUUCAGGGCCAACAGCCACAGCUGUGUCCUGAAGUUGACAGCUACUGCAGCCCAGCAUUCAGGGGUUUGUUUAUCAGUCCCAAACACACACACACAGUCAAACACGUACGAUCCCACAAACACCUAUACACAAUCACUGGGUGCAAUCACAGGCAUGUUGAGGGCUCCAGCCCAACACCCAGUAUACUCUAGAGAUGAACUGGAUGUCGUUAAAUUGGUGUGGAUAACAAACCAGCUUCUCCACCUUGCAUUUGGACAUAAUUAUGGUUGUUUACAGACCAAAGAUCUUUCUUUUUGAUUGUCUCUAACAUUAAAACCUGAUUUUGAUGGGGUAAAAAAUAAAAGCUAAAAAAUAAAUCUAUGUCUAUUUGUAUAUGUGAAUAUAUAUGUAUGUGUGUUUAUAAGUGCCUAUCUGCCAUAUGACUUUUGUGAAUUAGCCCCGCUCUAUUUCAAAGUCAGGCACACAGAGACAGCAGCUCAGAGGCAUCACUCGUCUGAGUGAUGCUAAAAUGUCCCCAAUUAACAAAUACAGGCGUUGUUCAGCUGCACUUUAUAGAUCAUCAGCAAAAGUUUCACUCUCAUACACACACACACACUAUUUUCUGUGUAUUUUGUACAGCGUUGCUUCUCUCUUUCUCAUCGAAGAAGGGAAAAAAAGUUCACAUGUUGAUAGAUAGGAGACAGAGGGAGAGCAAAAGCUGCUGUCAGAGUCAGACAGGGAGCUGCUGUGUGUGCGUUCCGACGCUUCCUCCUGCAGCUGAAGGAUAUUUGCUGAGACACCUCAGCUGACGGUGAGACACUAUUUGCUGUAGCACCCUGGCAGGGAAUUCCUCGGCUGCUGCUGAAGAGCUUGAACUUAGCUGUAGGUUUGAAGCCAGCCGACGCUCAGGGUUCAGACAGUGAAAUGUCGUGCCAAACAUUUCGGUGGCCCCCACUGAUGGCCCUGAAGUCUAAUGACCCAUUUGUUGACGUGGUCCAGCCGAAGAAGCUGUGUUUAGAGAAGACGAGGAAAAAGACGAAUAGAGAGAAAGGGACAGGAAGUCGUUGAAAGGCAGGAGGCAGAGUGAGUAUGUCUGGAGAGAUGGGUGCAGCUGGUGAUGGGGUUUAUCUCUUGAGGGCUACCAUGCUUCACUGUACAAGCAGUCUCUGUUCAGGUCAGGUUGCAAGUUAAUGCACAGUGCUGCAGCUCGCCCCUUUUCCCAGGGGGCACCAAAACAACCGUUUCAGCAUUUGCUUUCUAUUUGAUCAUCUGUCGCUUAAAAAGAGUGAAUAAAACUGCGUUCACACCUGGUUCCACACACUUUAAGUUGCAACUUAUAUUCCAUUUUUAGUGUUGCUUUGGUGAUGCCUAUUAAUGUUUUUUAUGCUUCAAUCCAAACCCAUUUUAAAGAACUGUAUAUAUAUAUAUAUAAAUAUAUAUAUAUAUAUGUAUAUGAUUACAUGCCACAGCUUUGCCAACACACUUAAUUUUUUGCAAACGUUACUGCAGCCUUCCCUAAAGGGGAUUUUUAAGCAUAAAAACGAAUGCUCGGCCCUACAACCAGGAUCGACUCAGUCCUGCGACACAAAGAGAAAUUCUCUCACUGUUUUUUUUCUUGUCCUCUGUCUCGCAUAAUUCAGGUAAUCCAUAUCUGCUCUGUCCAGUUGUUUCCUCCUCUCAGUGACGGUAUCCUCCGGAGUGAGCAGGCAAUGUGUUGUCAUUUGAUACUCGGUGAAAAGCCGUAUAGCUAGCUAUAGCUCUGUCAAAUAGUGAAUGUGCCUCUUGGUUAGAGAUUGUGGAUUACUGCUUCGUCUUGUACAUUGUACUUCGUCUUGUACAGUUACCCAUUUCUGUCCACGCUGUCUUUUACAAAUCACUCUUUGAAAAAAAAAGAAUAAGAUUUUUGUCUUGUAUGUAUAUUUUUUAUGAUUGUUAUUUUUAUAAAUGUAUAAGACACUGCAGACACUGCAGAUGUGGCAGUGCUUUGGAAUCUGUGAUCAGGCUUCAGGGGAUAUGUUCUCUAUAGCUUUUUUGCUAUAUUUUGUCAUGUGUCCAAUGGGUCAAAAGGUUAAAGAUGCUUUCAUCAAUAAAAUAUCUGAAAACCAGAUUUGAGAUGUCUCUCGCUAUUCA